AUGGCAUAUUCAACGUCGUUCUUUACACUUGACCCAGCACCGGCAACAGAGGGCAGCCAGUCGCAGCAAGACACUCAAAGUCGCAAAAAAGAAACAACAACCAUGGAGGGGGAAACUCGCAGCCCGCUUCCAGCCGACCAAGGUCAAGGUCGACUCUCUGAACUACCUCGUGCCGAGUCAAAUCAAGCCUCAUCACCACAUUCUACACUUCCACCAAGCAGCGACAGCGUCAACCAGGAAAUUGCUGAUGACGCCAACACUAUGGCGAACACCACCAAGACUUCGUCAAAGAAAAAGAAGGGCACAGCAUCCGUGGUUAAGGCGCCUUCAAAACGCGCCCGGCCCGGCCAGGGCGCUACCGGCACAGCGAAGAAAGCCAAGGGCGGCGGGAGCAAAAAGGCGAAGGCUGAUGUUUCCUCCAAGCAGACGGGGGCCACUACCGCAGACGGCGUUGGAAUUGGCGAUUCCAGUGAAUCCGACAAUGGGCCUUACUGCCUCUGCCGAGGACCAGACGACCACCGCUUCAUGAUAGCAUGCGAUCGGUGCGAGGACUGGUUCCACGGCGAGUGCAUCGGCAUGGACAAGCACACGGGAGAGAACCUAGUGCAAAAGUACAUUUGCCCGAACUGCACCGACGGCGGCCGCUACACAACGCGCUACAAGAAGAUGUGUUCCCUCUCAGGCUGCAACAAUCCGGCGCGCAUCUACGACACGGCACAGCCCAGCAUAUUCUGCUCACCCGAGCAUUGCCAGGCCUGGUGGGAGCAGUUAAUCGCAACAUUGCCCCGGACGAAAGGCGCCGCGACCAACGGUGCCGACAUUCUCACCCAAGAAGAGUUCAUAGGCCUGCUUGAUGCCCCCAACUCCAAAUCAGAAGACGGGGCCCCGCCUUGGAGACUAGGCAAGACACCAUUCGAAACUCCGCCAAAUUUCUGGGACUCGCCCGCCUCAAGCAGCGCGUUGACGCCCGAGGAGCGGGCGCUCCUCUCGCGCUCCGCCGCGGAGCGCUACCAGCUCGGCGAGGAGAUUGUCCUCUGCAAGAAGAUGCUGCAGCUGAUCGACCUGGCGCUCCGGCGGCGCGAGGCCGCCAUCGCCGCGGGGCGGGGCACCGCCAAGGAGCUGUGCGGCUACGACUUCCGCCUCGACACGGUCGGCGCGACCCACCAGUUCGCCGUGUUCCUCCAGUCGCCGCGCGGCGAGGCCAUCUUCAAGGCGGGCCGUCUCGAUCCCCCUCCCCCCAACCACCCAUUGGAAAACGGCGGCGGCAGCAGCAGCAGCAGUAAUGGCGAGGAUGAAGACCCCCUUACGGCGGGCAUGUGCGUCAAGAAAAAGUGCAAGCCCCAUAACGGCUGGAGCGCCAUCCUCACCAAAACCGUUAAGCACGACAUGAAGGAGCUCGCGGCGCAGGCCAAGGAGAAGCUGGACGCGGAGCAGCGCGUGCGGGACGGGGCGGCGGGCCGCUUCAGGAGGAAGAUGAAGGAACGUAACGGCGUCGUUGUUUACGACCGGGAGGUGAUGGGACUCUGA